AUGAUACGUGUUAAUGGAGGAAUUCAAAACUACUUAUGGGGAAAGAAAGGCUCAUCAAGCAUGAUAACUAUCUUUUCAAACGAAAUUAUUGAAGAUCGACCUUAUGCUGAGUAUUGGCUCGGAACCCAUUCUGAUCUUCCUACACUUUACAAUGGCAACAGCAUCAAAGAUAUUACUGGCGAGCUAAAAUACUUAUUCAAAUUGCUUACUGUUAAUUGGCCUCUCAGUAUCCAGCUUCAUCCAAAUAAAUCUCAAGGUGAGGAGUUACAUUUGCAAAAUCCAAAGCUUUAUCCUGACGAUAAUCAUAAGCCAGAAAUGUGCAUUGCGAUAUCUUCAAUGAAACUUUUCUAUGGCUUCCGCAGCCCUGAAGAGGUGUCUGAUAUGCUAAAUCAAACCCCAGAACUCAAUGAUCUAAUUCGAAAUAUCAAUGAUUUGCCUUCUCAACUUCAAAAACUUUACGAGAAUGAAGAAGUCACUAAAGAGCACGUAAAUGCUUAUAUUGAAAGAAUUCAUACAAAUAACAUUCAUAACAUUUAUGAAGAAAUCAAUGAAUAUUUCCCAGGCGACACUGGAAUUUUUGUCGGGAUGUUUAUGAAUUAUAUUGAGCUUAACCCUGGAGAGGCUGUUUUAAUUCAUCCUUGCGACCCUCAUGCAUACAUAUGGGGAGAUUUAAUUGAAGCACAAGCAACUUCAAAUAAUGUGAUAAGAGCUGGCCUUACUCCUAAGCACAAAGAUGUGCAAGCAUUGCUAAGAGUAUUUGGUAUUUAGAUAGCGAAUUAUGAAAAUAGGACAAGACCGCCUAUAAUAAGAGGGCAUGAAAGAGAGACAGGUGUAAAAGAAUACAUCACAGAAUACCCUGAAUUCAAAGUCAUUGAAUAUGUAAAAACAGAACCAUUUGUAAUCGAUGUAACUGAUCAUAUGUUGGGGAUGGUUUUAGAAGGAAGCGGAGUAUAUGGUGGUGAAGAAAUUAAAGCUGGGAAUAGUUAUUUGCUAACUCCCCCCCCCUCCGUGAGUGAACAAAACCAUUAGAAAAAUCCCUAUUUUUUGCCCAAAAACCCACCCUCCGUGAGUGAACAAAAAUUUUUAAUAGAAAAAUUUUUUAUGGAAAAAAAUUUUGAUAUAUAAAUGAUAAUUAGUAUAAUGAAAUCUAGAGCUAAUUCUGUUUAAUUUUGAACGAAUUGCUUUUUAAAACAUAAAUUUUAUAAAUUAAAUUAAUAUAUACAUUUUUUAAAAAAAAAAAAAUAAUCCCCCUCCGUGAGUGAACAAAAAAAUUUUGUUCACUCACGGAGGGGGGGAAUAAGCAGCUCAGUAGAAAUAAUUCCUACGCCGAAAAUUAGAUUAUAUUUAUGUGGGCAUAAUCAGCAUUAA